AGGUUGCAGUGGAGGACGUAGGGCGGGACUUUUUCCGUCUUCUUCUUCAAGUGUUUCGCAAAACUUUAGGCUGCAGCAGCUCAGCAUUUGGUGGAGAAGCAGAACCUGGAAGAAAGAGAGGAAAAAGAAAUCCUCUCCCAUAGACUGAUAUCAUGGAAGAGGAAGUCGUCAAGGAGGACACCACCCCGGCGCAGAGCCCUCUGGUCGCUGUCAGCUUCCAGCAGAAUCACCAAAGAGCACAGAAAUAUCUGGAGGCUGAACCCAAGGCUCUGGGGGUAACUCAGAUUGUCCUCAGUGUGUUUCAAAUCACAUGUGUGACUGUGUUUCUGGCCAGUGGCUUAAGCAGAGUGCCGGUCGAAGUCCCCUGCUUCAUCUGUUCUAUACUGGUGAUCAUAGCUGGUGGUGUGGCUGUUGCAGCUCAGAACCUCCGUUUGCCAACACUCAGAGCCUGUUUGGGGAUGCAGGUCGUAGCAUGCAUCGCCUCCUUUCUCAAUUUGCUUCUCACCUUGGACAAAGUGGGCUACACACCCUCCAUCUGUUGGCAUUACAGCUAUGAGAACAUGACGCAAGAAUAUGGAGAAAGAUGCUACAACAUCGAGAGCGCUGUUUCCCAUUUAUUUGCUGAGUGUGCAAUCAUCCAGGCUGUGAUGUUCGCCAUCUCUGUAACCUUGGCCUCGUACUGCUGUAAGGUGGUCAACUGCUGCACAACAGGACCAAAAAUGACUGUGAUCACCGUUCAAGCCCCGGCAGUCCAGCAGUGAGGAGACAUGCUAAUGCUACAACAGUUAGCUUUAAUAAAAGAAUAAACAUCGAUUCUUUAAUACUUAGCUGUAGCUGAAUAAUUAAGGUCCAACAGAGAAAGGUAGGUCCAAGAUAGUUUUGGUACUAACAGCAGAGUGGUAUAUGACGGAGGAACCUGAGCAGCUGAAGGAAAUGCAAGUGCCACUUUGUUAGGGAAUAUAUGGCUUGACUUUUCUAUCGAUGACUCUAUACACACGACUAUGACGGAGUAUUGAGGCCAAACUGAGGAUUAAAAGUAUCUGAAAUGAGAGGAUUAAUUAUAGGACCACUGUAAGAGUUGUAAGUUUACUAGAAUAAAGUCACGAGUUUAUGAGAAGAAAAUCCCAAAUUUACCAGAAUAACAUUUACGAGAUUAAAGACAUGGAUUUAGAUGAUGUAAUUUGGGUCUUGGCCACCAGUGGGUCAGACUGAGAAACAUCUUGUGUCCUAAUGCUUUAGAACACCACGAGGAAAUACUUACUGCCAAUAUAAAUCUUUUCUCUGUGAUGUUUCAAGGUGUGUGCUUUUUCCUUUUUUUUCUUUGUAUUUUUUUUAAAGUUGUUUUUUUUAUCUUGUUCUUUGUUAUUUUUGGAGACACUGAAUUUUCAACAUAGUAAAGUAAAAACAUUGAAAUUUUACUGAUUUAUAGCAUAUUGUUACGCUUUCAUUAUUAAUUAUUUUUCUACUCUACUUUUAUAUAUUUCUAUAUUCCUGCUUUUUUCUUCAUCCCGCAAAGUACGUUCACUUCAAGACUUUCUAAUUGCUUAUACUUUUGUAAAAAUACAAGAAUACUACAAUAACAACACAUCACUGUGGCAUUACUUUUACGGACCAUCAAUGUAUAUUUACCACUGUAAUAAUCCCAACAGCACAUAUUGUCAAAGUUAUCACAUGUGAACUGAAUGUGUACGUAUUGUGUUGUGUAUUUGAUAACAUUUUUGUUAUGUUAACUAACCAAACUCAAUGUCAGCACUUAUGAACUCUAUAUACAUAAUAAUAAAAAAAUCACAGUUAUUUUUACAAAGAAA